AUGCACAUUCACACUACACUCCUAGUCGCCUUCUUGGCUAUUGCUGGCACAGGAGUUUUUGGCAAGGAUCCCAGCCUCUACGAGUACUACACCUCAGGGGGCAUCAAGUCGGGUCUGGAAGCAAACUCCCCUGAUCACUUCACCCUCAAUGGAAAACCGUACAUUAUCUACAGUGGUUCGCUGCACUUUUUCCGCGCCGUUCCGCAGUAUUGGCGUCCACUGCUGCAACGUUUCAAGGCGGCCGGACUAAACGCCGUGCAGUUUUACCUGCCGUGGAACCUCCAUGAAGACCGCCCGGGCGAUUUUGACUUCAAAUCGGCGGCUCUUGACCUGGCGCGUUUUCUUGAAGAAAUCAAACUGGCUGAUAUGUUCGCCAUAGUAAGACCUGGACCUUAUAUCUGCGCAGAAUGGGAAUUGGGUGGCUAUCCAAGUUGGCUACUUCGAGAUCCUCAUCUUAAGCUUCGAUCCAACUACAAACCGUACCUUGAUCGAGUGAAGCCGUUCUGGGACGAGGCACUGAAAAUUAUUAACAAGUAUCAGUUUAGCGUCAAUGGCGGUCCGGUCAUUUUGCUGCAGACGGAAAAUGAGUACAGCGCCGGAAUUCACCAUCCAGACAGUGAUGAGUACUUGAACUUUCUUUUGAAAAUAGUUCGAGACAGCGGCUUUAAGGAGCUGAUCUUCAACUCCGAUCCGGACAACACCGCUCAGCGCUACCCAAUCAAGGGCGUCUACAAAGACAAUUCUGUUCUGCAGACGGCUAAUUUGAACCGAAAUGCUCUGAAGCACCUCACUGAGCUAAAAAAGAAUCAACCCGGAAAACCGGCUUUUGUGUCCGAGUUUUGGCCCGGUUGGUUCGACGACUGGCAUGAGCAGCACCACCACCGCUACUCGGUGGAGACCUUUGAGCACGAGAUUUCUGAUUUGCUUUUUAAGGUCAACGGCUCAGUGAACUUUUACAUGUUCUUUGGUGGAACAAACUUUGCUUUUCUCAACGGCGAAAGAAAG